AUGAAAGUUGCACCGACAAAACAUCGCAAGGUUCUCAUAUUUGUUAGUACACUGACUGCUGAUCUUAUUAUUAAUUAUGAUGAUCUGUCAAUUAUCACUGAUGACGGCUGUUAUAUUGCUGGGAUUACUGUAAUAAUAUUUAAAUUAUAUAAAUUUAACAGCGAACAUGAAAAAAUAAAAAUACUCGUUGAUGAAAUUCAUAGACCACUAGAUCUACUCAGUCAAUCACCGGACCCGGGAGUGCGUAAAAUAAUUAAGAGGACAGCUUUUUUUGAAAAUUUAAUGGACAAAUUUUUUAUAAUCCUCGGGUGUUUUUUGGCUGUCGCAUUAACAUUUUUUGUGCCUAAAGACAAUGGAGCGUUGCCAAUUCGGGCAGUUUUUCCGUUUGAUACUACUGAAACACCGUUGCAUGAGUUGGCAUUUAUUAUACAGGCGUUUAGUAUUUUUUAUGGGUUACUGACCAUUGUAUUUAUGGAUGAGUUGAUUAUAACACUUAUUAUGUGGAUAAAUUGUCAGCUGGUGAUACUAAACAAUAAUUAUAAGAAUUGUAGUGGAGUCGCUGAGGAUCAGACGUCGAUUGAAAAAAAAAAUGGUUUGAGUGAAGAAAUUUAUGAAUUAAAGAAUGAAAAAUUUUCAAUACGUACCUUUGUGUUAUUUGAUGAUGAGACUGAUGGUAGAAUUGAUGAAAAUUUUUUGGGAAAAUUCAAGUACUGUAUUAAACAUCAUCAACGACUGAUUGUUACUGUCGAUCAUCUCAAUGAAAUUUUUAGUUCAAGCAUGUUGCUACAACUUUUUGCAAGUUUUUCCAUGAUUUGCUUGACUGGUUUUCAAGCUGUACUGGGUGUCAAUGAAACGGAAAAUUUAUUAAAAUUUAUUAUAUAUCUUGGUGCUGCAUUUUCACAAUUACUUAAUUGGUGUUGGUUUGGUAAUGAGCUUCUUCAAAAGAGUGCUUCCUUAACUAAUGGACAAUGGUCAUCGGGAUGGGAGAAACAUAUAAGUAAUAAUGUUAAAUCAUUCAUGAUCAUUUCACUGCUCAGAACACAAAAAAUUUUACAAUUGCAAGCUGGAAAUUUUUACAAUAUGUCUUUACAUACAUUUACUAUGGUUUUAAAAAAUUCAUAUUCAUUUUUUGCAUUACUGACUAAGGUAACUGAUAAUUCAUAG